AAAGCAAUUUUCGACAUCGAAAAACGGUUUAUGCUGCGUGCAGCAUAUGCUCCAUAGAGAGUGACAGCCCACCAAGGAGAGUUCGCGAACCAAAACAAGACGAAUUUCUGUGCUUUUAUCAGUGAUAACGAUGUCUCUCUUGAUCAAUUCCGUGCUGGAGGGCAAGAGUGAGUUGGACUUUAGCAAAGUGUGCCGCUCUUGUAUGGGUCAGAAGGUGCAGAUGAAGACAAUCUUCGGCUCGUGCCUGGAUGACAUGCUGAGGACUGUGUCGUGCGUGGACGUGAAGAUGGGCGACGGCCUUCCGGACCAGAUGUGCGUCCAGUGCGUCCUGCAAGUGAGCCGGGCGUUCACCUUCAAGCAACAGUGCCAGAAAGCUGACGCCACUUUCCGGCUGUACAUGAUGAAGCACAUUCCGGAAGCGAAGAAUCACAGCGCAGAAGUGGUGUUCGAGGAGGAAUCCAUCAUUCAACAGGAGAUUGAGGAGUGCCCGGAGAAUUCCCUACCUUCUGUGCAGGAUCACGAGGAGGAGAUUGUCCAGGAAAGCGUCUACUUCGAUGACGCUCUGGCCACAUCGGAGGACAUUGACAUUGAGAACCUGCAGGAAGCCAGCAUCGAGCUGGAGAAGAUAGAACUCCUGCCGGAGGACUGCUGUGACGAUGUCCUGGCCACGGUGAAGGAUCUGAAGGUGUACCAAGCGAGUGAUCUGCCCGUCAAGGAGAAAAUUCCGGAGCCGGAGAGUCGCUUCGAGUGCCGCGAGUGUCACAAGAAGUUCGCCGACAACAAAGUUCUGCGGCGUCACAGUAAAACUCACUUGGUCGUGAAGCCGCACGAGUGCUCAAUCUGCGGAAAGACAUUCGCGGAGAGCUCGAAUCUGACCAAGCACAAGAAGAAACACACUGGCGAACUGCGUAAUGUGGUGGGCAAGCCAAAUCUCUGCUCGGUGUGCGGAAAACGGUUCAAGUGGGCGAGUUCGCUGUCCAAGCACAUGAAGCACCACACGAAACACAAGAUCCUCACGUGUCCUUACUGUCCGAAGUACUACGUCGAGGCGCGCUCGCUGAGCAUCCAUCUGCGAUCGCACACGGGCGAGAAGCCUUUCGUGUGCGAGGUGUGCCACAAGGGCUUCACGCAGCUGUGCAAUCUCACGAAACACCUGCGCGUGCACACGGGCGAGAAGCCUUAUCUCUGCCCGGUGUGCGGCAAGGGAUUCAAGCAGAGCGGCUACGUGGGCAUCCACCUGCGCACGCACACCGGCGAGCGGCCGUACGUGUGCCCGGACUGUGGCAGAGGCUUCGCCGGGUCCAACACGCUCGCCAUCCACCGCCGCAGUCACACGGGCGAGCGUCCUUACGCCUGCUCCAUCUGUCCGAAGCGCUUCGCGCGCCACGAGACGGCCGUCAUCCACCAGCGCAUCCACACUGGCGAGAAGCCGCACGUCUGCCAACUCUGCGGCCGCGGAUUCAACAGCUCAGGUCAUCUCUACGGGCACAUGCGAUCGCACAACUCCAACAAGCCCUACGAGUGUGACAUCUGCAAGAAGCGCUUCAAGAGCAGCAGCAGUCUCAAUGUGCACAUCCGCAGUCACACCGGCGAGAAGCCAUACUCCUGCAGCGUGUGCAAGAAGAGCUUCUCUCAGCAAUCCACUUUGUCCACGCAUCAACUCACGCACCUCAACGCUGGAACCUUCGUGGUGUCGGAGAAUCAGAUUCUCCAGGCCAAGGCGGACGAAGGCCAGAGUGAAGCGGUAGGUCUUUAAAGUAUGCUCAGAAAGAUUACUUUGAUUUGUAUUUUAUGCUCGAAUUUUAAUAAGAAAUAAGAUCUUUUAUUAAUGAAAUGCCUAAAAUGACUCAAGCGAAGACCAAAACCAUCUCUUAUGCUGUGAAAUUUCAGUGUGAGUUUCUUUUAAGAGAUUUCCAAUGCUAUGUUAACCCAUUGAUUGCAUUCGGCUCGGCAAAUAUUAAAUGUAAAGCAAUAAAACUUCUUAAGAAGUCACUUGAAAUCUUAAUAAUUAGAUUUUAGGCAUUUAAUUAAAUAAAUUGUCGAUUUCUGAAGUAUUUUAAGAGAAAAAUCUCGUAGAAAUUAUACGAAAACAUAGCAAAAACAUUUCCCUGAACUAAUAGAGUUUGUAACUUCUGCAAAGUUCUGAAGGUCAUGUUUGAAAGUUUUGCAAAAAAGUCUAAUUUGCUUAAAAGAGUCAAAUUUUACGGUGUUUUCACGUUAUUUUGUGUGAAAAUGAGGAAAAUAAACCUCAAUAUCAUUGCUGGAAGCGGUUAAUAAACAUCCCAAGACCGCUUAAUUGAUGAUAUUAGUUUCUCUAGCUACUUGAUGAAAUUGUGUAUGGUAUGCAAUCAAAUUUUGCGAGUGCAAGCUAAAUUCGAGACAAGGAAGAAAGUUUAUGAUAUCCCCGAGGAAUGUGGAAAUUAG